GACCAGACGGCGAGCCGAAGGCCUCGAAUAUAUAAAUGAAAAGAAAUGAGGAAGACUUGAAUCGAGAACCAUCUCUCGUCUCUCUGCUCUUCUUCUCUUCAAGCAGCGAUCAAGGUGAGAGCGUCUCGGCCAUGGCGUCGAAUCUCGCUCGCCUCGUCCGCCGUCCCGUCGCGACAUUUUUCCUGUUACAAAGUUACAGGCAUGUUCGAAACUUCAGCCAUCAUGUCUUCCCAGGUAUCUGUGGUCCACUUGGCUCAAAACCCAUGAGGGAAAUUACUCAGUUCCUUCCUAAGAAUUCUCCUUACCAAUUAUGGAGUAGGUCAUUUUCUUCAGAAAGUGGUGACCUUUUUGAUGCGGUUGUUCCAUUUAUGGGUGAAUCUAUUACCGAUGGAACAUUAGCAACCUUUCUAAAGAAACCUGGAGAUAGGGUUGAAGUUGAUGAACCAAUUGCCCAGGUUGAGACUGAUAAGGUGACUAUUGAUGUUGCUAGUCCUGAAGCUGGGGUUAUCGAAAAGUUUGUAGCCAAAGAGGGUGAUACCGUGACACCAGGAACUAAGGUUGCUGUGAUCUCAAAAUCUGCUGCCAGUGUAACACAUGUUGCUCCAUCAGAGGAGAAACCAGGUAAAGAAGCUCCUAAACCAUCUCCACCUGCAGAAAAAGAGGUUGAAAAACCUAAAGUGGAACCUUCCACCAAAGAGAAACCCAAAAAGGAGAAACCAUCUCCUGCACCUCCUAAAGCUGCUGCUUCUGAACCUCUGCUUCCUCCCAAGGAAAGGGAAAGACGAGUUCCCAUGCCAAGGCUUAGGAAACGAGUUGCUACUCGUUUGAAGGAUUCUCAGAACACGUUCGCAAUGCUAACUACAUUUAAUGAAGUUGACAUGACCAACUUGAUGAAACUGCGCUCUGAUUACAAGGAUGACUUUGUGGAAAAGCAUGGUGUGAAGUUGGGACUCAUGUCAGGAUUUAUUAAAGCAGCUGUUUCUGGACUGCAAAACCAGCCAAUCAUCAAUGCAGUCAUUGAUGGAGAGGAUAUCGUAUAUCGAGAUUAUGUUGAUAUCAGCAUUGCUGUUGGCACACCUAAGGGCCUGGUGGUGCCGGUUAUUCGUGAUGCUGACAAGAUGAAUUUUGCGGACAUAGAGAAAACAAUUAAUACUCUUGCUAAGAAGGCAAAUAAUGGGACAAUCUCGAUCGAUGAAAUGGCUGGAGGCUCAUUCACAAUAUCUAAUGGUGGAGUUUAUGGAAGUCUUUUGAGCACGCCGAUUAUUAACCCUCCACAAUCGGCUAUCCUAGGUAUGCAUUCUAUUGUAAACCGGCCAAUGGUUGUGGAUGGUAAGAUUGUCCCAAGGCCUAUGAUGUACAUUGCAUUGACCUACGAUCAUAGAUUGAUUGAUGGGAGAGAGGCAGUCUUCUUUUUGCGGCGCAUCAAGGAUGUGGUUGAGGACCCUCGCAGGCUUCUCCUCGACUUAUAGAUGCACCUAAGCACUGUAGAAGUAAUCCUUGAUUCCCACUUGUUUUGCAACAAAUAAUUUCAUCCUAAAAAUUUUUGGUCAGCUCAGUUCUUAUAUUUCAACCAUCAUGAUUUCUGUUUUGUUGAGGGUGAGAUACCUCAUGACUACAUCUGAAUUGAUGCUUUUGAUUUAUUACACUCAUGUUUCAUUUAAUAAUUUGGUUUUAUAGACCUGGAGCUGUACAAGAGAUGGCAAUCAUUCUUGCAUUGUAUAAUCCUUGAUCAUUUGAGAGAAAGUAUUAGUGGUUGUCUACACUAAUGCACUUUUU